AUGAGAGAGGGAAGUGCGGCGAUCUUGAAGAGGGUGCAGCUCCCGGCGAAGCGGCAGAGGUCGGCCGUGCCGGUGCCGCGCGCGGAGCGAGAGGAGGGCGUGGAGCUCGGGUCGGGCGUGGCGCCUCACGAGCAAGGAGCGGCGGUAGCGCUGAAGGCGGCAAUGUUGGGAUGGCUGAUGUCGGCCGUGCCGGUGGCGUGGGUGCUGACGUUCCGGCAGCCGGCGCCGGUGCCGCGCGCGGAGCGAGAGGAGGGCAUGGGUCCCGCGGAGUUCGUGGAACCCGAGGAGGCCGCGGAGCCCGAGGAGGGCGAGAAGCUAGAGGGGGGGGGGGUGUCCCACGAUCGACGAACGCUGCUAGCACUGAAAGUGGCGGCAGUGCCGUUGGUGCUGUCGACUUAG